GAUGUGAUGUCAGAAAAGCCUGCGAACAGCAGAGGAGCUGGAACAGAGGAGAAGGUCUGUGGUGCUGAUGCGAGAUGGCAGGGAGAAGGCGAAGAUGCUGAACCAACAAGGAGCGUUGUCCGCCCUGCAGAGGCAAAGAAUGACCUUGAGAAGUUAAUGCAUCCAUUGCGAAAUGCUGCUUUCUUUCUUAUUUCACUGAAAUAGCAUAUUAAUAACCCGCUGAUUCCGGUUUAUUUUUGCCUUUUAAAUGUUAUAUUUUGUAACUAGCACAUUUUGCAGCCCCGAUGCAGAAAUCCUCGCAUCAGUGACUGCUACCAUGUUCAGCUAGAGGGGAAGGGGAGCGAGCUCCUGCAUUGCCUGCGUUGGAAUAUAUUUUUUUCCCUUUGCCUCCUCGGGGGGUUUGGUUGUGAUCCCGUGUUACUGUCGAAAGGCGAGAGAUGGCGGACCCAGCCGAAUGCAGCAUUAAAGUAAUGUGUCGAUUCAGGCCACUGAGCCCAGCUGAAGUCUUAAGAGGAGACCAAUUCAUCCCGAAAUUUAAAGGCGACGACACCAUCAAUCUUUUAGGGCAUGGAAAACCUUUUGUGUUUGACAAAGUGUUUUCUCCAAACACGACCCAGGAGCAAGUUUACAAUGCGUGUGCAAAACAGAUUGUUAAAGAUGUGCUUGAUGGUUACAAUGGAACUAUUUUUGCUUAUGGUCAAACAUCCUCUGGCAAAACGCACACUAUGGAGGGAAAGCUUCAUAAUCAUCAGCUGAUGGGCAUAAUUCCUAGAAUAGCACAUGACAUCUUUGACCACAUCUAUUCUAUGGAUGAGAAUCUAGAAUUCCAUAUUAAGGUUUCCUAUUUUGAGAUCUACAUGGACAAAAUUCGGGAUUUACUCGAUGUUUCAAAAACCAAUCUGUCAGUCCAUGAGGAUAAAAACAGAGUGCCAUUUGUUAAGGGUUGUACGGAGAGGUUUGUUUCUAGCCCUGAAGAGGUAAUGGAUGUUAUUGAUGAAGGAAAGGCAAACCGUCAUGUUGCUGUCACCAACAUGAAUGAACACAGUUCUCGAAGCCACAGCAUCUUUCUCAUUAAUAUUAAACAGGAGAACAUGGAAACGGAGAAGAAACUUAGUGGCAAACUGUACCUUGUAGAUUUAGCUGGCAGUGAAAAGGUCAGCAAGACUGGAGCUGAAGGAGCUGUCCUUGAUGAAGCUAAAAACAUCAAUAAGUCACUUUCUGCUCUGGGGAAUGUAAUUUCUGCCUUGGCUGAGGGAACUAAAACACAUGUUCCAUAUCGCGACAGUAAAAUGACCCGAAUUCUACAGGAUUCUCUGGGUGGGAAUUGCCGCACUACGAUAAUUAUUUGUUGCUCACCCUCCAGUUUUAAUGAUGCUGAAACGAAAACCACCCUUAUGUUUGGCCAAAGAGCCAAGACCAUCAAAAAUACUGCAUCUGUCAAUCUGGAGUUGACAGCAGAGGAAUGGAAGAAGAAAUACGAGAAGGAAAAAGAGAAAAACAAGUCUUUGAAGAACGCUCUUCAGCAUCUGGAGAUGGAACUAAACAGAUGGAGAAAUGGUGAAUCCGUGCCUGAAGAUGAACAAAUUGAUGCCAAAGACCAGAAGAACUUGGAGCCGUGUGACAACCAGACAACCAUUGACAAUGUAGUUCCAGUACCCAAAAUCACAGCAGGAGAGAGAGUGAAGUUAGAGGAAGAGAUCAGUAAUUUGUAUAAGCAGCUCGAUGAUAAGGAUGAAGAAAUCAACCAGCAGAGUCAGCUGACUGAGAAUCUAAAGCAGCAGAUGCUGGACCAAGAGGAGCUGUUGGCUUCCACCAGGAGAGAUUAUGAGAAGAUCCAAGAGGAACUGAACCGGUUGCAGUUGGAAAAUGAAGCAGCUAAGGAUGAGGUGAAGGAAGUGCUUCAGGCCCUGGAAGAACUGGCUGUCAACUAUGACCAGAAAUCCCAGGAGGUGGAGGACAAGUCGAAGGCCAAUGAGUUGCUGACUGAUGAACUGGCGCAAAAAACGAAUACUUUAGUGGUUGUUCAGAAAGAAUUCAACCAACUUCAGGAGCUCAGUAACCACCAGAAAAAGCGAGCAACUGAGAUAUUGAAUAUCUUGCUAAAGGAUCUGGGUGAAAUAGGGGGAAUCAUUGGCAACAGUGAGGUAAAAAUGAUGGCCGAAAUGAAUGGAGUGCUGGAAGACGAAUUCACGGUUGCUCGUCUGUACGUUAGCAAGAUGAAAUCUGAGGUCAAGACCCUGGUGAAACGUGCCAAACAGCUGGAGAGUACCCAGCUGGACUGCAACAGGAAAAUGAAUGAGAAUGAGCGUGAGCUAGCAGCGUGUCAGCUCUUAGUGUCUCAGCAUGAAGCCAAAAUAAAAUCGCUGACAGAUUACAUGCAGAAUGUGGAGCAGAAAAGAAGGCAGCUGGAGGAGUCUCACGAUGCACUUGAUGAAGAGAUAGCGAAACUCCGUGCCCAAGAAAAGAUGCAUGAAGUGACCUUCCAAGACAAAGAAAAGGAGCAUCAGACUAUGCUUCAGGAUGCCAAUGAUAUGAAGAAAACUCUGGAAGAGCAAAUGGAGAACCAUAGAGAAGCCCAUCAGAAACAGCUGGCUCGCCUGAGGGAUGAAAUUGAUGAGAAACAAAAAAUCAUUGAUGAGCUAAGGGAUUUGAACCAAAAGCUUGUGCUGGAGCAGGAGAAAUUGAAUUCUGAUUUUGAAAAAUUAAAAAUGGAGGAGCAUGAAAAAAGUGUCAAGCUCCAGAAACUUGUACUUCUUAAUGACAAAAGAGAGCAAGCAAAACAGGACCUCAAAGGGCUGGAGGAGACAGUUGCAAAAGAACUUCAAACUCUCCACAAUCUCCGAAAACUUUUUGUUCAGGACCUCACCACCAGAGUCAAGAAAAGCACGGAACUGGAUUCCGACGAUGGAGGGGGGAGUGCUGCUCAGAAACAGAAAAUAUCCUUUCUUGAGAACAACCUGGAGCAACUUACAAAAGUUCACAAGCAGCUGGUUCGUGACAAUGCAGAUCUUCGUUGUGAGCUUCCUAAGCUGGAGAAACGACUUCGGGCUACAGCUGAGAGAGUUAAAGCACUGGAGAGUGCAUUGAAGGAAGCCAAGGAGAGUGCCAUGAGAGACCGCAAGCGCUACCAUCAGGAGGUCGAUCGAAUCAAGGAAGCAGUACGAGCCAAAAACAUGGCCAGGCGGGCACAUUCAGCUCAGAUUGCCAAACCUAUUCGUCCUGGUCAUUAUCCUGCAUCCUCCCCAACAGCCUUUCAUGUUAUUCGUGGCGGUGGAGUACCUGUGACCUCAAACUCUAGUUACUAUCAGAACAAAGAAAAGUAAUUGAGGCUUCAAUCUAGCAUGCAUCAAUGGCCCAAGACCAACUUGCAAACCCUUCAAAAGAUCCCUUCACCUAAUCAAGUACAUUCUUUGGAACUGUAGUCAUAGUGCAUUGCCUUUUCCUGGGUCAAGAUAAGUAUGUAUAGAACUGCAUUCAUUCAACUUUACCUAGCCUCAUGGAUCAUAUAAUGUAUUUGUGUGUGAAAAUUAAUUCCCAGCCUUUUCCAGGACUGUGCUAAGCUAAAAUUAUACAUUGUACGCAGUGUCUUAGGAAGAAUAUUCCCUUGUAUUGUGUGUUUGAUUUUUCUGUAUGAUAAAAUGUUUUAUUUUAUAUUUUUGGGUUGUGGGUGGGCAAACAUUGCUGCUAAAUUAUACAUUUUAGGAAGGGAAAAGGUCAAAUUUGUGCUUGUGGACUUUUCUUAAUAAAAAAAGAACACUUUGGCAGCAUUAGGCAGCCUGGUCAGUGUAUGUUAUCAAAAUGGACUAUUUGGACAGCAAUUGAACCAGGAACAGAAUGCCUUUUAGUACAAAUCUACAAACCCUUACCUAUGCUAAAAUUGUUUGAUUUCUACACUUCACUUGAAUCACUGAGAAUGUCAGAAUGGAAAACUGAAGGUCUCGAAGAAGGACAUACAAAAAUGCAAAUUGACCUUAUUUUGGUCAGAAGAAAACAUGGCUGCCUUUAGUACUCGUAGAUGAAACUGUUUAUAUUCUCGUGCAACUAACACUGUAAACUGGAAGCAAAUGAAAUUUGUCCAACUACACAAUCUCUUCAGACCUUCAAGAUGAACUUAGUCUGUCAGCUGCCAUUAACCUUACUGAAGAAAUAAGGACUCAUUCUGAAUGAAGAGCAAAACUGUGUGAAUUAAAGUAUGUUCACUCAUGGGUAUUUCCGUUGAUGUUUAUCAUAACUCAGCUGCUGGUUUCAUGCCAUUUGAACACAGGUAGAUUCAGUGUGGGGAGUAUACUGGUGUCCUGAGAAUGUUUGGUCUUACAGACGGCAUAAUUUCAUGUGAGGCAAUAACAAACCUCUAAAUGUCUAUUACAUAUGUUUUAUUAUAAUGUGUUUAAAAUAGAAAACUGUCUCCAUUUAAGGUAUUAUGUCAGUAUGGUGGACCAAAUGUUCCUAGCUAUCCUUUGGGAACUGCACAUUGACUAAAGUUUGCACUUUACGUACUUAAUUUUUGUAUGUUCAUAAUUUUCCUCCCAGUGUUUUCAUACAUCUAAUUUUGGUUGUUGAUAAUCACUACUCGGAUGGUUUUUUUGAUGCUUUUGAUGUUGAAUUUUGAACAAAACCUACACCUUUUUGCAGUGACUAUCUUUAAUUUGACGUUGGAUCCUUUCUGCAAUUUGAUGCUGAUCAGCCAAUCAGUUCAUCAUGUCAGAACUCUGGAAUAUCUAAGCCUUAUCAAAGACAGUCAUUGCAACAGUGACAGAUAUACAGUUUUUUAUUCUUUUAAUUCUCUCUUAUAUUAGAGAUGUGUGGCCACUGUUUGGUUGAUCUGGACAAUUCUAUUUAUUUUUUGCCCUGAUAUCAUUGGAAUUGCUCUUUACACUCGAACUCAGAAUUUUAUACCAAAUUUAACACUGGGCACAAUGAGCACCCAGACUUUAGUAAGAUGACAUAUACUCAGAGCAGGAGAGUUCAGCUGUGCCCUUUUGAUCCCUGCUGCUGUUGUGCCUGAGAUAUAUAAAACAAAACAAAACAAAAAUGGGUACAGUUGUAAUUUUCCCAUUCAGAUCCAAAUGUAGUACGGAAUGCAGUCCAUUGAAGAAAUAUGUUUUUUUGCAUCUUAUUGGCUUUGGGCUUUAUAGUUUUGAAUAGAUUUUUUUAACCCAGCCAUAAAGUUAAGAAAUCAAAUUAAAACAAGAACGCGUUAGAAGGAACUGGAGAGUAUGAGAAAAGACAAGUUUUGGAUGGUAGCUCAAGAGGCAUUGAUGAAUGACGUCAAAUUUCUUCCAAUCUAUUAUGCUCUUACUAGUCUACAGAUCUCUGAGGGAAGUGCCGAUUGAUUCAAAGUCUAAAAGACUGGGAGAUCGUGGAAAUCAAUUCUCUGUUGUAGUCAACUUGAGGAUUGCUCAAAUUCUUCUCCCACGAGUUUGAAUAGGCCAUUAGCAAUUGACUGCCAGUGGAGUUAGGGCAGCAAUGUCCUUCUAGAGUUCUCCAUCAGGCACCUGCCUCUUAUUUCAGGGGGAGCUCAUCUUCAAGAUGUGAGUGUAAGCAAAAUGGACAUUGAAGUUCUCUGUGGAUUAUUUCAAUUGUUGGGGUUUUAGGCAGCAUUGCCAGAAUUCUUCCAGUUAAUGAUCCUUAUUCAGAGAGAGAGACAGCCCACAUUUCAGAUGGAUCGUAUCUAAGUAGCUCAUUAACAAGUACAGGGGAACUCAUUUCUCUACAUUGUGCUGAGAUAUGGUAUGUGUCAUGGUGCCUGGACCAUGGAAUAUUUCUCUUGGCCUUUUGCUUGUCAUGAGUAGAAACUUUGAAGAUAGUGCCCACGGUGCCUUACAGUCCAUAUGAAUGAAAAGAUCUAUCCUCAAAUAAGUUGAAGAAUAUGCUGCAAUUUUACAUGGCUGGUGAUUGAUCUGUUUGCAUCUGUAGAAAAUCAUGGGAUCUCUAACACUGCAGGGUAAGAAAUGUGUCAGUGUGAAAACGGAAUCAUCUUUUGUUUACUUUUCUCUCAAGUCUCAAUUUAUUUUUACACUCUUCCUUUUCUGUGCUGCAGGUGGCACAGACAAACCAAACAAAAUUUUGUUCUGUUCACUUUGCACUGGCCCAAUCAACCUCAAUUCUUAACAAUGGCACUGGGCAGAACUAACCAUCUUCCAUAGAUGCCCGGAGCUAAUGUCUCAGUGAAAGAUUUAAUUCUGCAUUCAGAGUCUAAUUACCUUUAGCUAGAAUGUGUUUUUUGAACAGUGUCAAUUUAUACAUCAGUAGUAGGAAGAUCCUACUCCAUUCCUAGAAAUUGUAACAUUAUCUUUUUUUUAAUGUUAAGUGUUAUCAUGUUAAGUGGCUAUAAUUUGCAGGAUGGUGAACAUUUAUAGUUACUUUCCCAGCCAUGCUCAGGGCUAAUGAUAGUCUAGGAUACCUGUACGAUCUGUACUUUGGACCUAGCUUUAGUUGAAUUUAUGUGGCCACCAUCAUGGUCUUUCAUGAUGUUCACAUCAAGUUCUUGUGGCUUUAAUGAAUAGACCUUCUUUCUUUCCUCACUCAAUGUAGUCUGUAAUAAACAAAGGACCCACUGUUUAAAAUUCUAUAAGUGUAUGAUUUGAACUUCUUAGCUUAUAAAGCAGCUAAAUGAUACCCUCUGAACUUGUCCAAUAAGUUUUUUUAAAUUUGGCUAACACUCUUCAGCACAUCUGUUUGGCAGCAGGGAUUAGCACAUACCAGCCACAACUGAGCAACACUCUUCCCAAAUUGCAAAUAUUUUGUAUGACUCUUGAGGAAUGUUGAAAAGACAAAGGAGGCAAUAUGACUAAGUUGGAGCUUUGUCACUCUUGAAUUGGUAGUUUCCCUCAAUCUCCACCUAGGCUAUGCUGUAAUAUUAUUGUUGUUUUGUGGUUUGAAAGUGUUUACAGAAGUACUUUUUAGGAUAGUAUAGAUCAAAAAGAACUGAGCUAUGAGGCAGCCCUAUGUCUUUAAAUAUGGUAGGAGUAGAGGGCCAUAUGUUGGUCUGGGUUGACUCCAGAUAGAUUGUUUUUAAGAAGGCAAUUCCCAAAGUCAGUCAAAUUUCAACUUGCAGAACUAACAUGAGAAAUGUUAAAAUUCUAAGCAUGGUGAAGACUUCACAAGAUAAAGAGUUUUAUUGUCAUUGACAACAACAAUGAUCUGCCCUUUCACAUAUGUUGCACAGACACAAUGUUAAUCUGAGAGGUAACACAAAAUAUUUCAUUAACAUUUUCCCAGUAACUGUCUUGCUGUUGGCCUUUUUGUAUAGUAGAUACUGAUCAGCCAGUCAGUUAAUCUAUUUUUCAGCAUGUGGGAAAGCAAAGGGUUUCUCAAGACUCUUGCUGUGGGAGAUUUUAACCAAAAAAAUCCAAGUAUUCGAGUUAGAGUUCAGCCUACUUUUUUUUAGAAGUAACUUGCAAGUAACAAAUUGCUCAAGAACACCUUUUUGCCUAUCAUUCCGUUACCUUUGAUGUUUAUCUUUUAGAAGCCACUGGAUGCCAGUAACCUGAAGGAUGAUUACCAACUGUGCGUUUAGUUGUGUAUCUAAGGAACAAGGAAUUCAUACACUGUAGUAAUGCUGUGUGCCUGCCAAAUGACUAACAAGAGUUGGGGAAAAUCAUCAUAUUGUUCAAUGUCCAUUGUCUGUCUCUGGGAUGUAUUGAGGUAUCUUAUGACCUGAUAGAUGUUGGGAUGUGAGGCUCUCUGUAGUUUGUGUCUACCUUGUGUAUCUGUAUUGCAGAAGUGUUUCUCUUAGCUGGCUGUGUGUACAGUAGUCUUCAUUUUAGGUCGACUUAUAUUUAUUAAAAAAACUAUACAAUUAUUUUGUUCAAAUGGUAUAAAAAUGAAUAUUCAUGGUCAGCAUACAGCAAAUGAACACUGCGAGGUAUUCAAAAAUACGAUCAAGAUUGAGGGCAAUCUUUUAAGUUUCACUGAGAUUACUGCCUGUAAGGUGUAAGAAUCUUCUAUGAAAUUACUUGCAUGAUGUAUAAUUUACUUGAAUUGGUUAAUGAAAGUGCUGAAAUAAAAUUGAUUUAAAUCCCAA